AUUCUGUCCAAGCGUAACACUGUGUUUUAUGGUGGGGACUCGAUCUCCAUGCUUGACUACAUGAUCUGGCCGUGGUUUGAACGUCUAGAACCAUUCCAGCUGAAGGACUCUUUGAGUCACACCCCAAAGCUCCAACGCUGGAUGGAGGCCAUGAAGGAGGACCCUGCUGUCAAGGCUACAAUGACUGACCCACAGACAUUCAAAGAUUACCUCCAGCUCUAUUUGAAGAACAGCCCUGAGGCAUGUGAUUAUGGACUUUGA